AAUAACUACCACAGGAUGCAUGACUGGCUUGUGGAGUACCUGUCGAAGCACAGGACGGUGACCGUCGACAUGCCGUUCACUUCCUACACCUACAUCGCGGACCCGGUGAACGUUGAGCAUGUCCUCAAGACCAAUUUCACCAAUUACCCCAAGGGGGACGUGUACAGGUCCUACAUGCACGUGCUGCUCGGCGAUGGCAUAUUCAACGCCGACGGCGAGUUGUGGAGGAAGCAAAGGAAGACGGCGAGCUUCGAGUUUGCCUCCAAGAAUCUGAGAGAUUUCAGCGCCAUUGUGUUCAGAGAGUACUCCCUGAAGCUGUCAAGCAUACUGAGCCAAGCAUCCAAGGCAGGCAAAAUUGUGGACAUGCAGGAAUUGUUCAUGAGGAUGACUCUGGACUCGAUCUGCAAGGUUGGGUUCGGGGUUGAGAUCGGCACGCUGUCGCCGGAUCUCCCCGAGAACAGCUUCGCCCAAGCGUUCGAUGCCGCCAACAUCAUCGUCACGCUGCGGUUCAUCGACCCGCUGUGGCGCCUGAAGAGGUCCUUGCACGUCGGCUCAGAGGCCCUCCUGCAACAGAGCAUCAAGCUCGUGGACGAGUUCACCUAUAGCGUGAUCCGCCGGAGGAAGGCCGAGAUCGUCGAGGCCCGGGCCAGUGGCAAGCAAGAGAAGGGCAAUGAGCAGAUCAAGCAUGACAUCUUGUCGCGGUUCAUCGAGCUGGGCGAGGCCGGCGGCGACGGCAGAGACUUCGUGGACGACAAGAGCCUCCGGGACGUGGUACUCAACUUCGUGAUCGCCGGGCGGGACACGACGGCGACGACGCUGUCGUGGUUCACGUACAUGGCCAUGUCGCACCCGGACGUGGCCGAGAAGCUACGCCGCGAGCUGACCGCGUUCGAGGCGGAGCGCGCGCGCGAGGAGGGCGUCGCGCUGGUGCCCUGCGGCCCCGACGCCGACGACGAGUCGUUCGCGGCCCGCGUGGCGCAGUUCGCGAGCCUCCUGAGCUACGACAGCCUCGGGAAGCUGGUGUACCUCCACGCCUGCGUCACCGAGACGCUCCGCCUCUACCCCGCCGUCCCUCAGGACCCGAAGGGGAUCCUGGAGGACGACGUGCUUCCGGACGGGACGAAGGUAAAGGCCGGCGGGAUGGUGACGUACGUGCCCUACUCGAUGGGGCGGAUGGAGUACAACUGGGGCGCCGACGCGGCGAGCUUUCGGCCCGAGCGGUGGAUCAACGACGAUGGCGCGUUCCGGAACGCGUCGCCGUUCAAGUUCACGGCGUUCCAGGCGGGGCCAAGGAUCUGCCUGGGCAAGGACUCGGCGUACCUGCAGAUGAAGAUGGCGCUGGCUAUCCUGUGCCGCUUCUACAGAUUCCAGCUGCUGGAGGGACACCCCGUCACGUACCGCAUGAUGACCAUCCUCUCAAUGGCGCACGGCCUCAAGGUCCGCGUCUCCAGGGCCGCCUGA